AGCAGCACUAAAUGUUUUAUUUAUGACCCGUGCGAACAGAGGUUUCAGACUCAUCAUAUGAAGCUUUUAACGUUUACUGCUCCCUCUGCUACUCUCUUCCUGCACCCUCUCUCCUUUUCUCUCCUUCUCUCCUAUCUCUGUCUCUGUCUCCCUCUUCUCUUCCCCUCUGCUACACUCCUCACCUCUCACUUCUUCCAUCUCCCUCCCAUACUCCUUCAUUAUCUCUAUAAAACACAGUGACACAUCAGGGUUAAUGGUUACUGUGAGUCUGAGUUAGUUUGAAAAUGCAAACUGAAAAUAGAACAUUGACAGACAGAUUGACUUCUCAGGAUGGAAAAACGUGUUCACAAAAGAUUACCUGUGUGUGUGUGUGUGCAUUUGUGUGUGUGUGUGUGUGUAUGUGUGAUUGUUUACCAACAAAACACUUUGGGAUGGAAAAUAUGCAAUGGCAUGCACUAGUCACUGCGUUACUGAUCAUUGUCUUGAUAACUGUGUGUGUGUGUGCGUGCAUAUGUGUGUGUGGUUUAAGGCAGUACUGGGAGGGGUUCCAACACAGGAAGGGUGUGUUAAAGUGUGAUCUAGUCUCCCACAGAGCGAGAGAAAGAGUGUGUGUUUGUGUGUGUGUGUCACAACAGCAGAGCUAUGUGAUGACAGCUUGUCAGCCAUUAGUGUGUAAUUCAGUGUAGUAAAGACCCUUCCUAAGGCGAUAACAUACAUAUAUAUGACAGACAAAACACUCAAACACUGAGAUAGAGAGAGGGAGGACAGGAAGAGAAGGAGAGAAAGAAGGUAUGAAGGAAGAGAAUUAACAACAUGCCGAUUAUGCCAUGGAUUGAUAAGAGUACGGUCAGUGCACUCAGAGCACGGAAGCAGGAGAGAGAGCUGCUGACCAUCUCUAAUGUUCCCCUGGCAGACUGCCCACCCUCUCCUCCGCGCACCGCACCCCCCACCAUGAAGUCUGCCCAUUUCUUCGACAUGAUGGAGAAGAUGGAGCAGGUACCAGAGGUAGCAGAAAAAACAGUGGCUGGUCCUCAGAGACUGAAGGAUGACUACAUCCCAUACCCCAGGAUAGAGGAGGUGCUGGAGAGGGGUGGGCCGUACCCCCAGGUGAUCCUGCCAGAGUUUGGGGGAUACUGGAUUGAGGACCCUGACGCCCUCGUCCCCACACCCCCUUCUCGGUACCCCAGCCUGUGUGACAGGGGGGACGAUGGAGGGGGAGGAGAAGGGGAAGAGGGGGACGCUGCCCUAGUGGGUUAUGGGUACCGGCUGGAGAGUAACGACGCAGCACGCGCCUACAGGAAGCACUUCCUGGGCAAGGACCACUUGAAUUUUUACUGCACGGCCAGUUGUCAUGGCAACCUCAUUCUGUCUGUGAAACAUGAGGAAGUGAGGAGUCAGGAGUAUCUGCAUGUCAUCCUCAGGUCUAGGAUGAAAACAAUGUAUGAUAGGAUCUCUCUAGCAGAACUUCCUGAGCUGCCUAGUGUCCCUCAACUAGCCAAGCUGCUGUGUGAGGAUGCUGUUGGUCUCAGAUUCAGUCCAAUUCUGUAUCCCAAGGCCUCCCAACUUAUAGUGAGCUAUGAUGAACAUGAGGUGAACACCACCUUCAAGUUUGGGGUCAUCUACCAGAGGUUUGGACAGGUUUUGGAGGAAGAGUUGUUUAGAAACAGUGAGGAGACACCAGCCUUCACUGAGUUCCUCAGUUUACUGGGAGAUACUGUAGACCUACAGGACUUUAAAGGGUUCCGUGGUGGUCUGGAUGUGUGUCAUGGUCAGACAGGCUCACAGUCGGUCUACACAGACUACAGAGAACAGGAGAUCAUGUUCCAUAUCUCUACCAAGCUGCCCUACACAGAGGGAGACAGGCAACAGCUCCAGAGGAAGCGACACAUAGGAAAUGACAUCGUAGGAGUGGUGUUCCAGGAAGAGGCCACACCCUUCGUAGCAGACAUGAUCGCCUCAAACUUCCUACACGCCUUCAUACUGGUGCAGGUGGACAACCCCUGUACCCAACAAACCACCUACAAGGUGUCAGUCACGGCCCGAGAGGGUGUACCUUCAUUUGGCCCGCCCCUCCCCAGUCCAGCAGUGUUUAAAAAGGGUCCAGAGUUCAGAGAGUAUCUUCUCACUAAGUUGAUCAAUGCAGAGAAUGCCUGCUACAAGAGUGACAGAUUCGCCAGGCUGGAGGAGCGAACGCGGGCGGCCCUGCUCGAUGGUCUACAUGACGAGCUGCACAGACACACUCAGCGCAUGCUGGGAGUGGGCAUCGGCCCCGAGGAGGAGCGGGCGGAGAAUGGACAUGGCCACGGAGGACUGCUGGAGUCCAUCAAGAGGGCGAUGCGAGGAAGGAGUGUCUCCAUGGAGAUGAUGGCAAAGGGUGGAGGAGGUGGCCUGUCCACCAGUCUGAGUGGAGGGGUUCUGCUCCACAGCAGCUCUGAUGCAACUAAUGUUAAGUCUCCAGUGAAACGUCGCUCUGGUCUUUUCCCUCGUCUGCUCAGUAUAGACAGCCAGACAGAGAGACAUAACCACAAUCAUCGCAGUCUCCAUAGUGACCAGAGAAGCUUUGAUACUGGCCACUCCACGCAGGAAGUGAGGUCAGAGACCCUCUCUAACCCCAGCUCUCCAGAGGCCUCCCUUAAGGAAAGGCCCAGCAGUGUAAAGUUGAAUGAGUGCAGUGCAAGCAGGACAAACGUCUCACACUCCUCAUCUAGUACAAGUAGCUUCAGCAGUGCAGCAGGAGAGGGAGAGGCCACCGACACUGACCCUAACACCCUGGCACCCUCAGUGUUCCUUUCUGUUCACAGCCCCUCCCUCACUGUUGAAGGUCAGAGUUCAGGGACCCCUGUCAUUAUGUGUCGCAGCCCCACUGAGUUAAAGAAUAAGAGUUCUCCUAGAUCCAACUUGAAGUUCCGUUUUGAUAAAUUGAGUCACUCUGCGACAGGACACUAGGUGAAAGAUGUGGGAUGAGAGAGAGAUAAAACAGUUCAAAUGGGAUGGAGGUAUGAAGGGCAGUACAUUAGGGAUGGGUGGAGAGAAAUAACAAGAGAGAGAAGGCCCCUCCAACCUGAGGAAGAGGUUGAAAGAAGAGAAAUGGCUCAAGAUGGAUGAUUCAGUACAAACACUACAGUGGAAGUUUUAGGCCCAGGCAAAGCUGUGCUCUGCCUAGUGGAUAAUGGUCCUUUCAUAUUCAGCUGUCUGUGUGGUUGUUUCCUGAACACGGAUCAAAGUUCUAUGAGUGGCUCUGACAUGGGUCCUUGUCAGCAACUGCACUGCAUUCAAUACCACACAGAACUGUAAGGCAUAGAUUCAAUUCAACAUCACUAAGGCCAGGAGUUUUUCCUGACCAUGUGGUCUACCCAGGAAAAACUCUGGCCAUAGGCAUCACCAAUGGAGGCAAUAUUGAUGUCCAGACUGCCAUUCUUGGAAAGGGAAAAAUAAUCAUGGCUUGUCAUACAAAUGUUACAAUCUGAGGGUCCCUGGAAUUUCUACACUGAACAAAAAUAUAAAAGCAACAUGUAAAGUGUCCCAUGUUUCAUUAGCUGAAAUAAGAUCCCAGAACGAUACUCACAAAAAUAUGAUUUCUCUAAAAUGUUGUGCUCAAAUGUGUUUACAUCCCUGUUACUGAGCAUUUCUCCUUUACCAAGAUAAUCCAGCCACCUGACAGCUGUGGUAUAUCAAGAAACUGAUUAAACAGCAUGAUCAUUUCAUGUGCACCUUGUGCUGGGGACAAUAAAAGGCCACUCUAAAAUGUGCAGUUUUGUCACCCAACACAAUGCAACAGAUGUCUCAAGUUUUGAGGGAGCAUGCAAUUGGCAUGCUGACUGCAAGAAUAUCCACCACAGCUGUUGGCAGAGAAUUGAAUGUUAAUUUGAUGUAUGCACUUCACGGAUGAAUCCCGGUUUCAACUGUACCCAAGCAGAUGGCAGACAGCGAGCAUGUAUGGCUUCGUGUGGGCGAGGGGUUUGCUCAUGUCAACGUUAAAAACAGAGUGCCCCAUGGUGGCGGCGGUGUUAUGGUAUGGGCAGGCAUAAGCUAUGGACAAUGAACACAGUUGCAUUUUAUCAAUGUCAAUUUGAAUGCACAGAGAUACCGUGAUGAGAUCCUGCGGCCCAUUGACGUGCCAUGCAUCCGUUGCCAUCACUUCUUGUUUCAGCAUGAUAAUGCAUGGCCCCAUGUCUCAGGGAUCUGUACACAAUUCCUGGAAGCUGAAAAUAUCCUAGUUCUUCCAAUUGCUUGCAUACUCACCAGGCAUGUCACACAUUGAGCCUGUUUGGGAUGCUCUGGAUCAACAUGUAUGACAGUUUUCUCCAGUUCCCGCCAAUAUUCAGCAACAUCGCACAGCCAUGGACAAUCAGUGGAACAACAUUCUACAGGCCACAAUAAACAGCCUGAUCAACUCUACGCGAAGGAGAUGUUGCGCUGCAUGAGGCAAAUGGUGGUCACACUAGUUACUGACUGGUUUUCUGAUCCACGCCCUUACCUUUUUUUCAAAGGUGUCUGUGACCAACAGAUGCAUAUCUGUAUUUCCAGUCAUGUGAAGUCAUAGAUUAGGGCCUAAUUUAUUUAUUUCAAUUAACUGAUUUCCUUAUAUGAAUUGAAACUCAGUAAAAUCGUUGAAAUUGUUGCAUGUUGCAUUUAUAUUUUUGUUCAGAAGGAAUAAAGUGAUUCCUGAUUCUGUUCUAAUUGUUCUAUAUCUCUGUCUGAAACAAUCAUCCAUGCAAAAGAGAAAAUGACAAUGCAAAAUCAAAGAAAAAGAAAAAUGUACCCAGCAAACAUCACUCUAUUGGCCCCAUGUGGGUAUUCGAUUGGCAAGGUGGGAACGGGCUAGCCCACACCAGGCCCACACCAGCCCAACAUGGACUAGCCCACAGCAAUCCCACAUCAGCCCGACACAGGCCAGUCCACACCAAGCCAGUAGCAUGUAUUUAUUGAUGCCAAGAGAAUCCAGGCCUCCCCCCCCAAAAAAGAAAAAUACAUACAAAAUGAUUGUC